UUGUGUUGGUCGUUGGCAUGAACAGCACAUGCAUAUAGCUAGCUUGGCUCUGUUCAUCCAAAGGCGUUCCAUUUCCUCAUCGGUAAAGCGAGCUCGAUAUAUUCUUUCCCACACGUUCGGUGACAACCACUUGGCCACCAAACCUCCCCGUUGCGAUCAAUGCUGUUAUUUAAGCAACAUGCUUUCCGACUUUCCGUGUCUCGUCUUCUCAUGGUGCAACUCUCUCCCAGAAUCAUCAUCUCAAGUGCAACACACAGUACGCUGCAUUCUGAGAAAGUCUGAAUCUGAUCCUGAUCGGAGUGUUCAUCUGCUUUUGAUUUUGAUGAUGGCAAUGGUUUCCGCCGGCGCGUCCUGCCUUGGCAUGGUGGCGCUGCUGCUGGUGGCGUGCGCCUCCUCGGCUGCCGCCACCAGCUACACCGUCGGCGACGCGUCCGGGUGGACGACCGGCGUCGACUACACCAGCUGGGCCGGUUCCAAGCCCUUCAAGGUCGGCGACAGCCUCGUGUUCAAGUACGCGAGCGGGGCGCACACGGUGGUGGAGGUGAGCGCGGCCGGGUACCUGGCGUGCGCGGCGGCGAACGCGCUCGGCUCCGACAGCAGCGGCUCGACGACCGUCGCCCUCAAGACGGCCGGCAAGCACUACUUCAUCUGCAGCAUCCCCGGCCACUGCGCCGGCGGCAUGAAGAUGGAGGUGGACGUCUCCGGCUCAUCCGGCGGCGGCGGGGGCUCCACCCCCUCCUCGCCGACCCCGACCACGCCGAACCCCUCAACCCCAACGCCGACCAUGCCGAACCCCUCAACCCCAACGCCGACCACGCCGUAUCCGUCAACCCCGACGCCAACCACGCCGUAUCCUUCCAACCCGACGCCCACCACGCCGUACACUACGCCGACGACUCCGUCGUGCCCUGGCGGCGCCGGCGUCACCCCGGUGACGCCGGGCACCACGCCGUUCAUGUCGUACAACGGCGCCGCCGGGCUCGGACCGGUGGCGUUGGCUACCAUCGGCAUGGUUUGCAUCGCGGUAUUCGUACAGCUUGGACUGUUGUAGGUUAGUAGCCAGGGUGGAGCUAGGCAGUGCAAGUGAUCGUAUAUAGACGACGUAACGUACGAAGGUCACGUCGUGUGCCGUGUAACGUGUUCAUUAUAUUCAUUGUUGUGGCUGUGGAGCUGAGGUCUAUUGGAACCUGUUCGAUUGCUAUGUAUAGUGUUUUAAAUUGAUCUCACCUUGUGUUUUAGCAUGUUCAUCUGUUCAUGCGAUCGCAACAUGUGAAUUAAAUUACGCUUUUGAUAUUUAUCAGGUGCCAGAACAUUUUAUAAAUCUGUCAGUCAACU